AAAUAACAUAUUUUAUUCUUUUUCCAAUCCUCAUGCUCUGUGAUAUUAUAGAUUAACUAGAUCUGUUUAAUAUUGGUUGACUAGCGACUAACUUUCAAAUUUCGAAUGAAAAAAAUUCUUUACCUGUGUCAUGUUGUUUGUCGAUCUGGUCUAUAUACUAUCCAUUGUACAGUAUAUGCAGUUAAUAAACUCAGCAUAUAAUGUAAAACUUUGAUUCAAUUGAAGGUUUUCCGGACAUUGAUACCUUUUUUCUAACAAAUUUCGAUAGCAAAAAUGACGAUACUCGUGUCCGAUGCAAAAUUAUUUGCAAUUGUUUUAUACUCAACGUUUGUUAAUAACGAACAUCUGCCUUCUGUCAGAGAUAUUUGGAAGAAUUCUUGGGUAACUGGAGCUUCCGGAGCAUUAGUAAUAGGAUUAGUUGGUGCAAUAGUUGUACCGUUAAUUUUAUCAGCGAUAAUUUGUGGACUAGGAUUUGGUGUAGAAGGUGUUGCAGCAGGUUCAUUUGGUUCUUGGUUUAUGUCAUUGUAUGGAGGAAUGAUUGCACGUGGAAGUCUUGUUUCAAUUUUGCAAUCGAUUGGAGCUGCCGGUUUAGGAACUCUUGGCACUUCAAUAAGCAGUAGUUUUGGAGCAGCUAUUGGAAUUCUUAUUGGAGCAAUUGGUGGUUCAAAUAUUGCAACAUAUUUUAAGGAAAUGGAUUUAAAUGAUUCUGAAAACAAAAUUUUUGGAAGUUUGGUUCAAAUCGAACAAAAUACUUAUCAAAAUAACCAUCACAUGAUUGUAUUCACACUCAUGCCGGCUUUACUAUAUAAUGAAACAGUUUUAAGAUGUUUUUUUGAAACAUUUAUAGCUAGUUCAUCAUUUGUUGAAUCUAAAUUAUUUAGAUUUAAUUUUAAAGAAAAUAAUUUAUCAAAGUUAAAAUCAGAACAAGAAAAAGUAAAUCAUACUGCUUAUAAUUUGUUAAUUGGUAAUGAUAAAGAAUUCAAAGUGAAGUCUAUUUUUCAUAAUGAUCUAUUAAUUGGAUAUAAUUUGAAUCUUAACAAUUAUCAAUCAUCAAAUGAUAAGGUAAAAUUAUUGGCUGAUAUUUGGAAACUUAUAAAUGGUAAUAUUGUUUUAGAUAUUGAUAUUGAUAAAAUUCGCGAUCAAUUUCACGAUCAAAUUCAAAGUCUUUUAAAUUAUUUUCAUGGCGGAUUCAAAUUAUAAAUAUUGAGAGUUCGUGCAAUAUGUAUAUGUAUUUA